AUGUCUCCUCCCACGACGGCGCCAGCACUGGGCGCAGCUGGAACAGAAUAUAAAAGAGAGUCUGGCACUGCGAGACUACUCGGAUCAGGCUCUGCAGGCAUCGCGGAGCUUCUAGUCUUCCAUCCUGUCGACACGAUUGCCAAAAGGCUCAUGAGUAACUCCAGCAAAGUGAACUCCGUCUCCGCGUUCAACAACGUCAUCUUCAGAGAAUACGCCUCAGCUCCUCUCACCACGAAGUUCACCUCCCUCUUCCCCGGUUUAGGUUAUGCCGCCGGCUACAAGAUUUUACAACGGAUAUACAAGUAUGGUGGCCAGCCGUUCGUGCGCGACUAUCUGACACAACAUCAUGCUGAAGACUUUGACAAGGCCUUUGGCAAGGGAACGGGGAAAGCCAUGCUUAAUGCCACUGCGGGUUCGUUGAUCGGCAUCGGCGAGAUUGUGCUUCUCCCUCUAGAUGUGUUAAAGAUCAAACGACAAACCAACCCGGAAGCUUUCCGGUCCCGGGGUUUCUUGCGAAUCGUCGCUGAUGAAGGGAUGGGACUGUACCGCGGCGCCGGAUGGACUGCUGCCCGGAAUGCCCCUGGCUCUUUUGCCCUCUUUGGCGGUUCGGCGUGGGCCAAAGAAAAGCUAUUCGAGCUCGAGGACUAUAAUAAGGCAACCUGGGGACAGAACUUUGUUGCCUCGGUGGCCGGUGCAUCAGCCAGUUUGCUCGUCUCCGCCCCUCUCGACGUCAUCAAGACGAGAAUUCAGAACCGAAACUUCGAGAACCCGGAAUCAGGGUUCAGGAUCGUGGCUAGCAUGAUGAAGAACGAAGGCAUCACGGCCUUCUUCAAGGGGCUGACACCGAAAAUGCUCAUGACCGGGCCGAAGUUGGUGUUCAGCUUUUGGUUGGCUCAGACGCUGAUUCCCGCCUUCGGAAAAAUCGUGUAA